AUGGUGUCGCUUCUUGUCAAGGAAAAGCUGUACAUCAACGAGGUCGUCCUCGGGACCGCAUUCGGCGUCAUCAUUGGGCCCUACUGCGCCAACGCUUUCGAUCCGAGGUCAUGGGGGAGCCAUACCAAUGCCAUCACCCUGGAGGUUAUGAGGAUCGUCCUCGCCACCGGCCUGUUCGCUAUUGGCGUGGAGCUGCCGCAGUCAUAUAUGGCGGAUCAUGCUAAAGGGCUUCUCGUCAUGGUAGUGCCUACAAUGGCCUUUGGUUGGGUUGUCGUAGCAGCGCUCAUCUAUGGCUUAUUCCCUACCUACACCUACAUCUCGGCACUGGUUGUGGCGGCAUGCUUGACACCCACGGACCCCAUCAUCAGUGCGGCCAUAGUUGGUGGCAAGUUUGCCAAGAAGCACGUACCACCCAACUUGCGCCGGAUUAUUUCCGCCGAGUCUGCCGCCAACGACGGAUUGGCGUAUCCUUUCUUGAGCAUUUCCAUCUACCUGACGCUCGAGAGCUCGCGUGGAACGGCGAUUGGAAAGUGGUUCCUCAUAGGCUGGCUCUAUGAGGUCAUCUUGGGCACUGUCCUCGGAGCCGUGCUAGGCGUACUGUUCUGCAGGCUGAUGAAGAUCUCCUAUCGCAAGGGAUUCAUCGACCGCGAAUCCUAUGUUGCUCAGUACCUAGCACUUGCGUUGUUCACCAUUGGGAUCGUGAGUACUUUGGGUAGCGAUGACCUCUUAGCCGCCUUCGCUGCAGGCACUGCUAUCAGCUGGGACGGGCACUUCAAUGACCAGACGGAGAACGAAAUGUUUUCGUCCGUCAUUGACCUGCUCCUCAACUGUGCAUGCUUCGUGUACAUUGGUGCUUGGCUGCCUUUCGAUCAGUUCAACCGGCCUGAUUUGGGCGUCACACCGUGGAGGCUGGUCACGCUGUUCAUCGCCAUCAUCUUCAUCCGGCGCAUCCCGCCUUUGCUUUUACUGUAUAAGUGGGUGCCCGAGAUUGCCAACUGGCGUGAAGCGCUCUUCUCUGGACACUUCGGUACGACCUGUCAGUAUUUGGAUGCCCUACUGGAUGCACGUACUUACCCUCUGCAGAUGGGCGUUGGCGCUGUCUUCGUGUCUACUCUAGCAGCCACCAGGCUACCGACGCCACACUCGCCUCCCGAGGACCAGGCGGAGCUACUGGCCGCGACCAUACAGACCAUUGUCUCCUUCGUCGUGCUCGGGUCUAUCAUCAUUCACGGACUGUCCAUUCCUUUCUUCUCUUUUGGGAAGAACAUGCGAACGCGCACGGUCUCUGUCACGCGUACGUGGACAUCCCGCCAGAGCGCUAUCCCCGACUGGCUCCUCGGCGCCCGCCGUUCGCCCGGAGAGAGCCUGGGCCUCGCAUCUCUUGGUAUGGAUCCAGAGCAAGGGCAGGAGAUCCGGAUGCGCGAGACGGAGACUCGCCCGGAUGGACAUACGGUUUCGUGCACUGCCAGUGUUCAGUCUAUGAGAGUCGAGUCUCCUGUGGACGGGCACGGUGUCUCUUCUGCGUUCGCCCGUCCGGGUAUGCAUCGGGAGAUUUCCGUUUCGGCGAGGACAAGCCAGGUAAGCAUUCACUGCAUGUAUGGCAUGUUUGCAAGUGACGCUCAGAUCAUCGUCUAUUCCUUAGGUAAGACUUGA